AGUAGACGAAAAAAAAGCAUUAAUUUCUUUUGAGAGUUUGAAAGUCAUGGCGCCGAAGAUAACUUUGUAUUCGGAUAGACAAUUUGGGGGUACAACUCAAGAAAUGACGGGUUCCUGUUCCGAUAUGCUGAACGUUGGAUAUGACCAAACAGCAGUUGGUGUAACAGUUGAGGAAGGGGUAUGGGUAUUAUUCCAAGAACCUUACUUUAGAGGCAAAAUUUGGGUGGUAAUUCAAGGAGAAAAGAUAGAAUAUCUACGUUGGUUUAACAAAAUGACAAGGUCGAUAAAACUCCUGGAUGACUAUGAUUUUUACGCAGAACCAGAAAUCAAGAUUUUCAAAGGAAAUUAUAGUGGCCAUACAGCCACCUUACAUAAAGAUGUUUCAGAUCUAAGUACUUAUAGAUUUUUACGCCAGGUUUCGUCUGUAGAAGUGUCAAGAGGAGCUUGGAUUGGAUAUGAUGGCAGAGGUUAUAGAGGCAAGGCGACACUCUUCUUAAAAGGAGAUUUUGAAGAGGAUUCCAAUAGCAGUCCGUGUGAUGGCGGAUUCGCUAGUAAUGGUGGUAUAUCUGCAUUGCGUAAAAUCCAAAUCUUUCCUGUAGGAAAACUCAAGCUUUCCAAGCCAAUAUCGUAUGAUUUGGAAAACGCAAAAAUUACUAAGACACCCAUAAGUGUUUUUCAGUGGACUCAAACCAACAAUACUCGAGUUCAACAGAAUGUUAGCAGAACUGAGAUGCAUCAAAUAACAAAGGAUAACACCUACGAAUUCAGAUGGGAUUCUUCAUCAAAAAUGACUGCUUCUCUAGAGGUAACAGCUGGCAUCCCUCAGAUCGGAGUUGAAGCAAAAUUAGGCAUCAGCGUAGAAAAAAUGGUAAAUAUUGGGACUACUGAAAAACAAUCGGUAUCUGAAACCCAAAAUUGGACAGCUGAAUACCCAAGCGCAAUUCCAGCGGAAAGCACGAUAAAAUUAACAUCAACACUUACGGAAGGACAUUUCAUUGUUCCAUUCACAGCUGUUUUCACUCGAGGAGAUGAGGGUACUCAUAAAGAAAUAAAAACUGGCAAAUUCAUUGGAGUCCAGUUCUAUGGUUUUGAGACGAAAUUCGACCAGGUUGUUCAUCCCCACCAAGUUUUACAUGAACUUGGAAAAGGGAAUUAAUCCUCCAUCACUGAAUUAUUAACUGAAUCACCUGAUAAUUUAGUGUGAACAAUAGUAUAUAUUUACUUUUACAUUAUAUUGUGAAUUCAUUAUCAUUCGUGGGAUACACAUUUUCGUGGGUAUAGGUUUAUUAAAAAAGAACACAUUUGCUAUGGCUUAUUUGCUGAAUUGAUGAAAACUUGGUAAACAAAUAUCCACGAAUUUUGUUUUCCUGCAUCCACGAAAAUUGGCACUCACAAAAAUUAAAGAAUCCAGAGUAUUUUUACUAUCAUUUGUUAAAUAAUAAAUAACUAAUAAAUUGAAAUUACUUCA